CCAAACGUCACCCCUUCUCGGCGCAAGCGCAAACACCAAGCUGCUGCUGCACACUAGUCCUCGACCCGUAGUCGCAGCUCCAACUCCUCUUGCAACUAAAUGAACCACCUCCUAUCGCAGCGCAAACACCGGAUAGCACACUAGGGCUCUAGACACAGAUCACCAUACACGCGACAAUGGCGAACCUGCCGACGACGAAGAGCAUCCCGGGCAAGGAGACGCCCGGCCUGCGAUACCCCUCCAACGGCAAGACAAUCUACCACCGGCCCCUGAACCGCACAAAGACGGCCGAGCUGAGCCAGUCCAGCUUUGCCUACCUCUUUAGCGAAAUGGUCUCUUACGCCCAGCGCAACGUAAAGGACAUUUCCGAGCUCGAACAACGACUAAACGUUCAAGGCCACUCAAUAGGCCUCAAACUCCUCGACCUCCUCCUCUUCCGCGAACCACCGCGCACCCAGACCCGGCCCCUCACAAUCAUCACCCUCCUCCACUUCAUCAAGCAGUCCUGCUGGCAGCACCUCUUCGGUCGGCAAGCCGACCGCCUCGAAAAGUCCGCCGACCCGGCCAAGCCGGACGAGUACAUGAUUAUCGACAACGAGCCCCUCGUUAACGCCUACAUCUCCGUGCCGCGCGAAAUGUCCCAGCUCAACUGCGCCGCCUACGUCGCGGGCAUCGUCGAGGGGAUCUGUGAUGGGGCGGGCUUCCCUGCGAGGGUGAGCGCGCAUAACAUCGCCGCAAAGGACGAGCACGAGAUGUGGCCUGGCAAGACGGUGUUUUUGGUAAAGUUUAGGCCCGAGGUGUUGGAGAGGGAGGGGUAUCUUGGGAAGAGCUGAGCUGAGCUCCUUGGGAUGGAGGGUAAUCGUGGGACGAGGAGAGGGCGGAGGUAUUGAUUCUUGGCGUUGACGGGAAGAGCAUGGGCGGCGUUUGGGCGAUGGGAUAUCUUUUCUGGUGCCUUGUGAAUAGUUGCUCGUGGG